AUGGGACAAUUUGUUGUCGAGGUUGCCCGCCAAAAAGCGAAGCGGAGGCCCCGUCCAAUGUGCGCCAGAGGGUGCGUCUUCGGCCCACGGCCCAUUCCCUGCGCGCGGAGCGAGGACGAUUCCUUUUGCGAGGGCGCCACCCAGCAGCCAGACACGGAAGACGGAAGGAAGUCAGCGUACCCGAAGACGAUGGCGAUACGGGAAGAUGACUGGGAGUCCUCUGUUGAGCAGUUGGAGGCCUGCUCCACGACGCUUUCCGGCGUGCGUUUCCUUGUGGAUUUGUGUGGGGAAGACGAGCUUGUUGUUGUCUUUGAGUGA